GACGGUAUCCAGAGCCACCCAGAGGUGUUCCUGGAGGCAGAGCCCAGUCCUGGUGCCCCGACCGUGCCCCCCUCCCCUGAAACAGACAGCAGUGGGAGGGGAGGAGGAGGAGGAGGGCGCAGGGCCAGUGUGACCAGCGUGGACAGUGAGACGUCCUUCUGCUCUGUGGGCCGGAUGAGUAGCACCAUCACCAACAGUGAGUGGGAAAGAGAACGAAAGAGAGACAGACAGAGAGGGAGAGAGAGAGAGGCAAGAGAAAGAGAAAGACUGAGAUAGGAAGAGAGAGAGCGAGAGAGAGAGAGAGAGAGGGGGGGGGGGUGGGGGUGGGGAGACUGCUCAUUAGCAAUUAGAACAAAAGGGCACAUUCGGGCUACGCUUUAUACAUUAUUAAUUUAUCCCGAGUGGCGCAGUGUUCUAAGGCACUGCAUCGCUGUGCCACUAGAGAUCCUGGUUUGAAUCCAGGCUCUGUCGUAGCCGGCCGCGACCGGGAGACCCAUGGGGCGGCGCACAAUUGGCCCAGUGUCGUCCAGGGUAGGGGAGGGAAUGGUCAGCAGGGAUGUAUCUAAAUUGGUAGAGCAUGGCGUUUGCAAUGCCAGGGUUGUGGGUUCGAUUCCCACGGGGGGCCAGUAUAACAAAUAAUGUAUGCACUCACUAACUGUAUGUCUCUCUGGAUAAGAGCGUCUGCUAAAAUGUAACAAAAUGUUAUCAAUUAUCUAUGGUGGGUAGAUAUAGCCAGACUCAUGAGACCCAACUGUGCCUCCCCAGAUUUUACAUCAGAUUAACCUACUUCUGUUGCUAAUACUGUGGUGGCUAAAAGACCGGAUGAAUAAUACCAUUAGUAGCCACAAAUCACUUCAAAUAACUCCAAGAAAACCUUAUCUUGAUAUGCCUGUGUUAAUUCUCUCCCUUCUGUAUGUUUGUCUGUCGGUGUGUGUGUGUGUGCGGGUGUGUCUGUGUGUGUGUCUGUGUGUGUACCUCAGUUUCCAGUAGCUGGUGGGGCUCUAAGAGGUUGGACUAUGCUCUGUACUGUCCAGACGUGUUGACCUCCUUCCCCACCGUGGCACUGCCUCAUCUCUUCCAUGCCUCCUACUGGGAGUCCACUGAUGUAGCUGCGUUUGUGCUCCGACAGGUAAGACACCCCCCCCCCCAUAUUUAUGUGUGUCUGUGUGUGUGUCCUGACUUUUGGGACUGGAAUUCAGAUCAUCAACAGUCAUUAUUUGUGCUGUGGAUUGUGGUUGUGUGUGCUUGCAUGCAUACGUGCAUGCAUAUGAGCGGCAGGUAGCCUAGCAAUUAAGAGGUUGGGCCAGUAACCGAAAGGUUGCUGGUUCAAAUCCCAGAGCUGACUAGGUGAAAAAUAUGUUGAUGUGCCCUUGAGCAAGGCACUUAAUCCUAAUUGCUCCUGUAAGUCGCUCUGGAUAAGAGCAUCUGCUAAUUGACUAAAAUGUCAAAUGUAGAUACGUGUGUGUGAGGGUUUGUGUGUGCUUGUAUUAUGUGUAUGUAGGAGGUGUGUGUGGGUCUGCUACUGGUAUCCUCAGACCCUCACAAAGUGAGUAAAACCAGCCAGUGUGUCGUUUCCUAUUAAAACCCCUCCUGACCACUGACAUCCUUUUAACUUGGUAAUUAGAGAGCAAUGAGAAGAGACAAGAGCAGCCUCCCACUACAGUAAGGGGUUGUGUCUCAAAUGGCACCCUAUUCCCUAUAUAGUGCACUUAUUUUGACCAGGGCCCAAAAGAAGUGCACUUUAUAGGGAAUAAAGUUCCAUUUGGGAUGCAGCCAUGGUGUUGGCUGCUGCUGCUGCGGUGCCGCAGUCUUUUGUGUGGGAGAGUGACGUGAGGGGAAUCAGAGAGUACACAGGAAAUAAAGAAGUGUUAUCUAUCUCUGCCGUGAAAACUGAUUCUUAUCUUGGAUCAGUGGGUUUCAGCUCCCAUCGAUAUUACAUCAGGGAAAUGGAUACAUAUGGAACUUAUGGUUCACACAAACUUACUCCCAGUGGUUCACACAAACUUACUCCCAGUGGUUCACACAAACUUACUCCCAGUGGUUCGCACAAACUUACUCCCAGUGGUUCGCACAAACUUACUCCCAGUGGUUCGCACAAACUUACUCCCAGUGGUUCGCACAAACUUACUCCCAGUGGUUCGCACAAACUUACUCCCAGUGGUUCGCACAAACUUACUCCCAGUGGUUCGCACAAACUUACUCCCAGUGGUUCGCACAAACUUACUGCCCUUUUUAUUUACUUACUGUACCAUACCUAACGGCUGGUCAAGUUUGAAUUAAGUAAAAUCAAUGACCUAUUCUUUAUAAUAUAAUAUAAUAAUAUGCCAUUUAUAAACGCUUUUAUCCAAAGCGACUUACAGUCAUGUGUGCAUACAUUUUUACGUAUGGGUUUUCCCGGGGAUUGAACCCACUACCCUGGCGUUACAAGUGCCAUGCUCUACCAAUUAAGCUACAGAGGACCACAAUUGCUGUGUAAUAAGAGGUUGAACCUUAAACUAGGAUCUCGUUAAUGCAGUCAUGGAGUAAAGCUCCUUCCCUCACUGCGACCUGUCCUUUCCUCUCCUCCUCUUUGAAAACACAUAAUUAGCCCGGCUGUUUCAUUAGCCCGGCUGUUUCAUUUGCCCGGCUGUUUCAUUUGCCCGGCUGUUUCAUUUACCCGGCUGUUUCAUUGCCCGGCUGUUUCAUUAGCCCGGCUGUUUCAUUAGCCCGGCUGUUUCAUUAGCCCGGCUGUUUCAUUAGCCCGGCUGUUUCAUUAGCCCGGCUGUUUCAUUUACCUGGCUACACAUUGAUUAGGCUAAAGAUAGACAAGUUAUUUUCUCUCAACUUCUGAGAUUUUAUGUACAUGUAGUCCACUUCAUAACGGAUCAUCCUCUAGCUUAAUGUGCCUCAAUCUUCCUCUUGACAAAUGAGCUCCUGUUAGCAGCUGUGACAGUGUACGCCUCAAGAUAAUGACAGUCCUAGUUUCAUUCUCUCUCAAUUGUGUUAGAGCACCAGAGGAUGAAAAUUCCAUGUCAUUGUUUUGUCUGUAGGUCAUGUGACUGUCUAGUAUAUGUAUGCCACUCCACUGAUAAAUAUGCAUCAGGUGCCUAAAUGUAGACUAGGGAUUCUGUUUGAGAAGUGCCGUCAUACUGAGUGGACUAGGCCGGCGGUGGAUUAAUGAACCGUGUGUGUAUGUGUGUGUGUGUGUGUGCAUGCUUGUGUGCAUGCGUGUGUCCAUGCAGCUCAUGCGAUGCGACAGUGUGAAGACCCAGGAAGCUGACAGCAAGGACUCAGCCCCCUUCUCUCCAUCUAGCCCACGGGAGAAGUGGCUUCGCAGGAGGACGCCUGUCAAACUGAGGGUGAGGAAACCAACAUGAGUUUUUCAUGGAAGAUAAAGGACAGUUCGGUAGGAAGUGUCAAUAUCACCUUUAUCCCCACACUGUGGAUUCUAUGGCUGUGUCCAAAAUGGCACCCUAUUCCCUAUAUAGUGUACAAUACUACUUUUGACCAGGGCCCUGGAUAAAAGAAGUGCGCUAUAUAGAGAAAAGGGUGGCAUUUUGGACACACCCUACUGUGUGUAUUGGAGAAAGAAGCAGAUUAUAUUCUGUUCAAUCCCUGUAUGAAGAAAUUCCAAUAAAUAUUGAAUAAUCUUUAGCUGAAAUCUGCUCGAGACAAUCAAACUUUUUCUAAUUGAAUCUCAGUCAGAGAUAAAGCGAUAAGGAUGUGUGCGCGUACACACUAAGUCACGCGAGCACACACGUACGCACACACACGGGUACACACGCACUCUUACCAUCAGCUUCACACAUCUUUUCACAGCUGUAGUAAUUUCUGCCUCAAUAGCUUUGGUCUCUUUUAGUUGAGCAAACAAAUACACCAACACUGAAUGGGCGAAGAUCUUCUGCAAUCUUGUGCAAUUGUUUCUUGUGUGUCAAUCUGUGGGCUGAGACCUAAAUGUCAGAAAGAAGACCCAUUGUUUCACCUUGGAUCAUUGAUGCUAGCACAACAAAAAAAUGAACUGAUACUCCACCAUAAAAGACAACAUGACUACUGCCAGGCUGAAAGGUCAGCCCAGUCUAUUUCUGGGCCAUCUUUUAGUCACAGUAUAUUCAAAGGAAAUAAUUCAAUAACAAUGGGCUUUUGUCCUGUUAUAUUAUGUACUGCGUGGCCCACUGGAACAUAUCUAUGUUUAAGGAAACUGGCCGUAGGUUUUAUUUUUGGACUGUGUCUUACAUGCACUGCUCCAGCCUCUAAGCCUGUGAUCUUUGUCUCUUGUGUAAGUGGUAGAGGAGCAACAGCUGGAGGAGGAGCAGCUUGGAGAACAUGACCUGAAUAUGAUAUCUGUUAUUGCUGUAUUGCUAUACAGUCUCCUGGUAACAUGUAUAUACUUCAUCUGGGCUUUGCCAGCUCAUCCAGGGGAUAGUGAUAGAGCUGCAGACAUGCCAGUGUGUAGAACUCUGUGUGUGUAUUUCCAGUGUGUGUGUGUGUGUGUGUGUGUGUGCCACAGCUUCAGCAUGGCUCGGUACUAGCGAGGAUUAAUUGACAAACUUAAUCAAUAUGCAAAAUGUUUACCUGCGUCAUUAGAUGACAUUAGCUGAGGUCCCACUAUUCAUGAUACAGAGACUAACACAUCACAUCAGUCUACAACAUUGGUUAGUGAGCUCAAACUAGGCUCAUGGAGCUAUGUUUUAAGAGUAUUAUGGAGACCUUGAUACAGUUCCGCUGCAUAUGAUGUGGUAGUUCAUGUACAAUAAACGAUGUACCAUUUGGGAACACUGUGUAUUUCUGUGACAUCGAUUAUGCUCAGAAAUGCCCCAAAAAGCACGUCAGGUUUCAUUAGAUAGUUAGGGCUCUAUUUUUGGCUGAUGUUAAGGCGGCGCUAGUGUCUAACGCCCUCUCUUUGGCAAUUUUGACUUGUAAAAGCCAGCGUUCUGCUAUUUUCCAACCCUGGUGCAAUUGGUUAUGACAUCGAUUUUGCCAGCGGAAGCGCACAGUAACCUAAACAGUAGCCUAUAACCAAUGUUUUAUUAUAUCACUAGCAGCAAAACAGUCAACAGGCAUUCCUUUCUUCAUAUUGGACAUUAUUUAUGUCCAUGCAGCUUGUUCUUCAUUAGGCAUAUGUACGAUGCCCAUUGAAUAAAAGGUUUUAGUGACUGUAGGAAGUCUGUUUAGGAACAUCAAGUUAUUACAAUAGACUGCUUAUUGUUUUUCCUUUAUCAUUUUGUAAAAAAAUUGCAUCUUCCACUUUCAUCUGUUGGACCUAUCAGUCAAAUCGCAGGAAUUCCGAUUACUGUCCUUGGUGCUGUAUCCACUUGUAGCCUAGACUAUUUGCCUGUUCAUUUGUUUACCUUAGUAAGUCAGUAACAGGCCAUAUCAAUGGUGAUGGUAAUCUUAUCUUAUUAUAACGUUUGGGCAAUGUCCAAUUGUCCAUGGCUCGAAUGCGGUGCAUUUACGAAAAGCGAAUGCAAUGUGUGUAGUCAAAAAUUUCCAUGUUGAAGCCAAUAAAAAAACUAGAUUGGCUACAUGUUUGUUAUAACUAGGCCUAUUAUAGGCUACUGUAUAGUGUUUAAUAAACUAUCUUCAAUGGAUAAGACAAACAUCCAUGCCUCGUGCCCGAAGAGACCAUAGGCCUACAUGUGCACACAUUGCCUUAUGCUCAUGGAACGAGUGAUGCGAUUUAUGAUAUCACGCUUCUGACCCGAUCCUAUUUAGAAAUAUUGUUGUUGUUUUAAAAAACAGAUUGAUUGUUUUCCAUUUAAUUUGAUUAAAAAUCUAACUUAAUAGAAAGAUUCACCAUCCAUGAGUUUAUGUUAAGAAAACGUACAUGGCUCGAAUGCAAUGCAAUUUCAUCUGCUAUUUCUGAAGAAGGGCAAUUAUGAUCUGUUUGAUGGUUUCAUGAUGUUUAUAAAACAUUAUAUUUGGGAGCAGUAUAACAGUGAGUGGACAUUUCUCUUUAUAUUGGAUCUUUAUCCAGCUCCUGUGAAAAGUUUGGAUGUGCGUAAAACCCUCCAUAGUCUAAAUGGCCUUGUCUGUAUUAUAAGCCCACGAGGAGCAAGUAUGGUACCUUUAACUUUAUUUAAACAUAGCCUAUUUAAAACAAGUUUUUUUAUUUUAUUAGAAUUAUACACUUUUUAGGCCUUAUCAAUAGCCUAGUGAAUUUCAUCUUGCUUAUUGACUACAUUUGGCAUGUCCAUGUCCAGACUGCAAUUAACAGUAGGCCUAGCCCUUAUAUCAGUGUGAAUGCUAUAGCCUAUGUUUAACAAUGUAAUUCCAUAUUGAAGCAAUGCAAUUAGAACAAUGUGGCCGGCAAACAUGUUCAAAAUAUUUAGCAAAUAUGGGGCAGGCUAUUUACGAGCUAGGCUAUAACGGACUAACAUUCAAAUUGGAGUUGAUGACAACACAAUACGUAAAUACACAACUUGAAGCAACCACAUAUUUAGCCAUGGACCACGUUCUGAUUGUCCAGUGAGGUGUCAAGCCUCGACACACCCACAACUUGUUCAUUCAUCAAAACCCAGCCCUUUCGCGCCACUGCCAACUACUGCUCCCAUAAUUCCGGUUGUGAAAAUAGCUAAAAUAUUUCUCAAACACCCCCGAACCUAUAAUGCUACCGCCAGCGCAAACAUUUACCAUUGGGUUAGGUUUGUUAAAAUAGAGCCCUUAAAGUACAGACGCUACUGCACCACAACCCUUAUAAAUUGCCCUUCAAGUGUUCCUGAAAGUUUCCUUCAGUCAAACCCAAUCACUCUAUCACCAACCACCUGUGGUUAUGACUGAGGUAAUGCAGCAUGGCAUCACUGUAACAGAGCCAGGGAAUUACAUCUGCAAACUCCUCUGCUUUCAUUUCCUAUUUAAAUCCCACCAGCUCAGCAAUAAAGUUGGUUUAUGUCCCAAAUGGCAUGCUAUUCCCUAUGUAGUGCACUACUUUUGACUAGAGCCAUAUGGGCCCUGGUCAAAAGUAGUGUGCACUACAUAUUGAAUAGGGUGCCAUUUGGGACGCAAUCAUAGAGUUAGAGGAUUUCUCCUUAGCUCAGCUCAGUUAGAGUUAUUCAUACUGCCAUUUGAAAUGAGAUGUAGUGAAGGGGAACCAGAACAACACUCCUACUGUAACCAGGGUUCAUGGAGAUUUGACAGCCUUCUUCUGAGACUCAUUCGCCACACGUCUCAAAUGUGAUGCAUCGCAUCAAAACAGGGAAAAAGUAGGGCUAUUUGUCAUCCUUUCUUUGACAUCCCAUUUCCUCCUGCCGAUGUAAACACUACAUCUGAGGAGGAGUGAUGCAGAAAGUAAUGAAAGACAAAUGCGUAGUCCCAAAUGGCACCCUAUUCCCUUUAUAGUGCAUUACAUUUGACCAGGGAUCAUGGUCUCUGGUCAAAAGUAGUGCACUAUAUGGGUAAUACACUCUUAGAAAAAAGGGUUCCAAAAGGGUUCUUCUGCUGUCCCCAUAGGAUAACCCUUUUUGGUUCCAGGUACAACCCUUUUCGGUUCAAUGUAGAACCGUCUGUGGAAAGGGUUCUACAUGGAACCCAAAAGGGUUCUACCUGGAACCAAAUGAGUUCUACUUGGAACCAAAAAUGGUUAUUGAAAGGGUUCUCCUUUUAGGUUCUAGAUAGCAUCUUUUUUUCUAAGAGUGUAGGGUGCCAUUUGGGAUGCACACAAAGCCAAAGAGAAGUGACAAUAAAUCGCUUUCCUCAUGCAGAACGUGACUGGCAACCACAGGGUGAAUGAUGUCAUCGCCACAGAGGAGGGACCACAGACUCUGGUUGGUCGGUUCAUGUACGGCCCCCUGGACAUGGUGACUCUGACUGGAGAGAAGGUGACGACAUGACACAACAUGCCUCAGCAAUAAACAUUAUUCAUUAAACGUGUCUACGUGUCAAUAAAGAUAAACCCAUAGUGCUCUGACGAAGGAUCUUGCUCCUGAACCUUUUUGCAUAAUUUGCAAACACUAGUUGCACUAUUUACAACACUAUAGUUGCAACACUUUUAAAAGUGUCUGCGUGUCAAUAAAGUGAAAUUGAUACUUCUCUUAUAGUGGUCUGACAAAGGAAUUUGCUUUGACAGACGUCAACACUAAAGUUUAUUGAAGGGAAUUCAAUUGCUGCCCUGAACCGUUCGUUAUCUUAUCAUCUUAUCAUGAAUCUAUCUUGUCCUCUCCCAGGUGGACAUUCUCCUGAUGACCCAGCCCCAGUCCGGCCGCUGGGUCCACUUUGACACAGAGGUGACCACCAGUAGUGGUAGAGUGGUCUACACCAUCCCCAAGAGCAAGAAGCUGGCCACCGGGGUCUACCCUAUCAAAAUGGUGGUCAAGUAAGCAAACAGCUCCAUUUUAUUUCUUAUUGAGAUGUAACCACAGCAUGUUUGUUACAGUAUGUUAGAGGUUGUAUCAAUAAUGAAAAGGAUGUGGGUUGGGAUGAGUUCCCAUGAAAGUGGAGGAGUACUGCAUUACAUUUCAGCCCAUAUCAGUGAUGGAGCUAAAGUACUGUGAAGCUCUAACAGUGUACUCACAGGUUGUUGAAUAACAAUGAGCCCAAGAGGUACUGCUGCUGUGAAUUACCACCAUACCUAGCAAUCAUCCUCCCUCCUCUCCCCCUCUUUACCUCUCUCUCCCCAGGGGAGAUCAGACGAGUGCGGAGGCCUACCUGACGGUGCUGCCCAGGGGGAUGGAGUGUGUGGUGUUCAGCAUCGAUGGCUCCUUCGCUGCUAGCGUCUCCAUCAUGGGCAGCGACCCUAAAGUCCGCCCCGGAGCUGUGGACGUCGUCAGGUAACUGAUGCCUCCAAGUGUGUGUGUGCGAGUGUUUGUGAAUGUGUGUGUUUGUGAAUGUGCCUUCCAGCUUUUGUUUGAUUAAGGAGCAGUUCAAGCAGAGAUAACUUAUUAAUGGAAUGAAAAUUAUAACUAAAUUGCAAUGCCAACAAGUAAUCUGUUCAGCUCAGAAUAUUAUCCUUUUAUUUUGUCACAUUAAAGGGAGGUUGAAGGAAGUUGCUAACUAGCGUUAGAGCAAUUGCUAACUAGCAUUAGCGCAAUAACUGGAAGUCUACCUGAACAGCUGUAGACUUCCAGUCAUUGCACUAACGCUAGUUAGCACUGGUUCGCAAGACUACCUCUAACGUCCUUCAUACUGGACACAGAUACAUAGAAAAUGUAUCCACGAGUUCAUCUGACUCUGGGGAAGUAGAUAAAGGGCUUCAUUGUCAACAAUCCUGAAGUAUCCCUUUAAUAAUAUAAUAUAAAAUAAUAAUGAUAAUAAUAUGCCAUUUAGCAGACGCUUUUAUCCAAAGCGACUUACAGUCAUGAGUGCAUACAUUUUUGUGUAUGGGUGGUCCCGGGGAUCGAACCCACUACCUUGGCGUUACAAGCGCCGUGCUCUACCAGCUGAGCUACAGAGGACCAUACAUGAAGGGAGAAAACAAACACUAAAAAGAUGACUGAGAAAAAUAAGAAAAUAUACUAUAAAUCUCAGAGGAAUAUUAUUGAUGUCAGUCUGUGUUUAUGUUCAGUGAAAACGGUAAUUCUCAGAGGAAUGUAUCUAUUUAUCUUUGUGUCCAGACACUGGCAGGACCUGGGCUAUCUUAUCAUCUACAUCACAGGGAGGCCAGACAUGCAGAAGCAGCGCGUGGUGUCAUGGCUGUCCCAACACAACUUCCCCCAGGGCAUGAUCUUCUUCUCUGAGGGCUUGGUCCACGACCCACUGAGACAGAAAACCAUCUUCCUCAGGAACCUAGUGCAGGAGGUACAAUACAUUCAUAAUACAGUGGAUCUCUUUUUCUUUCUUUCUCUCUAUCUCGACUCCUUCUCUUUGUGUAUGUCUCUUUCUCUCUUUCUUUCUCUCUCUCCCCUCUAUAUGUCUCUCAUUCUAUUUUUUCUCUCCCUUUCUCUCUCUCUCUUUUUCUCUCUCUCCCUUCCUCCCCUAUUUCUCACGCACACUUCUUUGGUUCUCACAUUGACAUUGACUUUGUAGGCACAGCAGUAUAACCUCUGGUCGCACUGCAUAAAAGUGCCAAACCCAUCAUCAAGUGUUACUUCUUGCACUCCUGCAGAAUCUAUGAGUCAGAGGAGAAGGCGAGGAGGGAGAGAUGGGGAGAGAGAGAGAGACGGGAGGGGGAGAGAGGGAGAGGAGAGAGGAGAGGGGGAGAGAAGAGAGAGGAGAGAGAGAGAGAGAGAGAGAGAGAGAAGAGAGGAGAGAGAGAGAGAGAGAGAUAGAGAGAGAGAGAGCGCUCUCUCUCUCCUCUCUCUCUCUCUAUCCUAUCCUCUCUCUCUCCUCUCUCUCUCUCUUCUCUAUCUUCUCUGUCUCUCUCUUCUCUCUCUGUCUCUCUCCCUCUUUCUCUCUCUCUUUCACCCUCCCUCUCUGUCUCUCUCUCUUUUCUCUCUCUCUGCCAGUGUCACAUUAAGAUCAACUCAGCCUAUGGCUCCAUGAAGGACAUCUCCGUGUACAACAUGCUGGGUCUGAGUCCUCCCAGAUUUAUAUUGUGGGCAGGCCUUCCAAGAAGUACCAGACUCAAUGCCAGGUAGACAUCAGGGAACUGUACACUCUUCUACUUUUCUUUAACGUUCAAGCUAAUGGCAUUGAUUCACUAAUAGCUAUCGAUCGUGUUUUGAUGUAUCUAUUCCGGUCUGUCUGUGGCUUUUGUUCUUUCCUGUCACUCUCCAUCUCUAUCUACCUGUUUAGUCUUCUAUUAUUUUAUCAAACAUGGCCACUCUCAAGAAAGGGCGAUCGUCGAACGAAAGGGAAGAGCCGCGUAGCGAGCGACGCAGAGCGACGAGCACGAACUGGGAGAGAGCGCGCGCGAGCGCGCGCGCGCUCCUCUCUCUCUCUCUCUCUCUCUCUCUCCUCUCUAUCUCUCUCUCUUCUCUCUCUCUCUCUCUAUCCUCUCUCUCUCUCUCUCUCUCUCUCAUAGUUCCUAAGUGAUGGCUAUGCAGUGCAUCUCUCCUCACUGCAGUUUGGCCACCGGGCCAGACCAAAGAAGACCCCCUCAGUCCGCAUGGUCCUGAAGAAAGGCUCCUUCGGCCUCUCUGCCAAGCCUGACUUCCUGUGUAAACGCACCCACCUGAGGAGGACCAUGUCUGUCCAGCACCCUGACCCUCCCUGCACACCUAACCCCAAGCCUGAGCGGGCCCAGAGCCAACCAGAGUCUGACCAGGACCCUGGGGGAGGAGGAGGGAGUGGCGGCCAUGGUGUCUGGGGGCGGGCCUCCAUGCACCGUGGAGACACCACACCC